GAGUAGCCGCGAUCACUCACUCUAGUCACAGGACGCGCCGAAUGCGCCUGCCCGUGUCAUUCCUACUAUUAUUCCGUCAUAACUUUCAAAUUUCGAUACCACGUUUAUGUUAUAAAUAAAAGCGAGGCUCAUUAGAACUUAUUCAAAAUGUACCGCGAAAACUGCGGCUUGCUCAAUGAAGGUCUAAGCGACCAGCUCAUGUUCGAAUAUUCACCAGCGGAGAGUCUCAUCAAUUUCGAGCUACCGUCGAACUUGAAUUCUGAACUCAACGAUUGGCAACUUAAUGAUAUAGAUUUUCACUGCGAUGCAUUUGUUCACGGAUUGAAUGAUUCUAACAGGGAGAACUCCAUCUUUGAAGACAGUUCAAAUAUACUUUUUGAUUUCGACGAUUUGGAUAAGAAUAUAGAUUUAGACGAUUAUCUCCUAGAAGCAUUAACAAGUGAUAAAUCGAACGAUGUUCUACAAUCCAGUCCAAAUUCUACAGAUGUUGAUAGUGACACAGCGCUCGGUAGACUUUCUGUCCUUGGAAUAGAUUUGGAAUCUACUUGUGUGCAAGACAUUCAGUACUCAUCUACCAAUAUCAAUAAAGCUAGUGAUAGAGUGCGAAGUUUUAUACCAGAAACAAAAAUACAGACAUGGGGAGAACCAACGUUCUGCCCGGAACUCGGAGCGUUCCGAUGUCCGGUGGAGGAGUGUGGUAAACUAUAUGCAAAAGCGUCACACGUUCGCGCGCAUUUGCGCCGUCAUAGUGGUGAGAAGCCUUACCGAUGCACGUGGGGUAGUUGCAGUUGGCGUUUCGCGCGGUCAGAUGAGUUAGCGCGCCACCGUCGAAGCCAUUCGGGUGAUAAGCCCUAUCGGUGCAGCGAAUGUAGCAAGAGAUUUGCACGUUCGGACCAUCUUGCAAAACAUGGACGUGUUCACGCUCGCCGCGCUGCCGCGGCCGCUGCGGCCGCCAAACGAGCUUCGAACCAUUCUUAUAAAACUAGAAGACUGAUGUGAAAUGUGAUUUAUAUAAUAAAUGAAAGUGUGUGAUUGACUAUAUUCGCGCGGGCGCGUGUUGUUACAUCGAUUAAGUACAACUAAGCAUACUUAUUACUUACGAAAAAAAUAUAUCGAAAAUAUUUGUGGAGCUAAAAACUUAAAAGUUGUUGUAGUUUUUACGACAUUUUAUGCGAUAUGUACUGAAUUAAAAAAAAUAUAACAUUAACUUUGUUAUAUUUUUUUGGCAUAUGUACGUAUUUUGUGUUAUUGUUACGGAAUUGUUUAACGAUAUGGAUUAAUUUUUACCUAAUAAGUUAGGUUUAUAAGUGAAAUAGUUAUUAGAAUGAUUUACUAAAGUAAUUUAUUUUUAAAAUAAUGAAGCCAGUCUUGAAAUACGUUGACCGUAUGAAUCGCGACCAGCGCUUGACAUAAUUUAUGAAAUCUUUUUUGAUUAGCACACAAACUAGUUGCUUGUUCUUUUUAACUUUAUUCUCGUUGUACCUACUCGUUAUACCUUGUACUUUGUGUAAAGUUGAAAUAAAUAACAAUAAUUUACUGUUGUGUUACUUAGUCUUAAGAUAAGCUUGAAUAAUAAAAUAUUGAUUUACCUACUCUACAAUGUAGCUACUUUAUAAGAGAUAUUCAGCGACUAUAUUUUUUGUUGUCAUAAUUCACACGGACUUCAAUUCGUAAUCAAGCUAAAAAACAAACACAAAACAAAACUUAGGUAAUCUGGUUGAUAGUUAAAGUGUUUUAGUAUUAUUCACUAACAUAUUUAUUGGUUAAGUAAUUUAAUGAUCCACCAACGCGCAUUGAAACAGCGUGGCGAGAUAAGCUCCAAACCUCGACGGGGCUUUUUCCCAGCAGUUUGAACAUUUAGAGGCUGUUAAAAUUUUAUUAUAUUUUAAAUUGAAGGCAUAGUGUGAUUAGUAAAGCUAGAUAAGUUAUUCUUAAUAAUUAAAUAAUAAUAUGUAAAUUAAAUAACUUACAUAGUAAAAAAUGAUUUAAAUCAAUGUUUUAUAAGCGACUAGAUACUUGCCUGACUUCACAGGA